UCUAUAAACGCAACCCUUUGCCCUUCACAUCUCCCUCUCCUCCCUCCUCAACCUACUCUCCCAUAUAGAGGAGCCUUUGGGAGACCCAUCCAACUGUGAUAUGGGAGCUUCCGCUGACCGUCGAAAUGGCUGCCGGCGAUGGCACGAGGUCGGGAACGAGCACGUGCCUCCCACCGACGUCCGGAUCGUGACCUCCGACGGCCAAAGCAUCCCUGCUCAUUCCACUGUUCUCGCUUCGUCUUCCUCCGUGUUGGAGCGGAUGCUGGAUCGUUCGCGGAUCCUCCACAUCCUCGGUGUCCCCCACGACUCUGUCGUCGCCUUCGUUCGGCUCCUCUACUCCUCCAGGAGUGCGACGUCGUCGAGAGAGGCGAAGGAAGAGAUGGAGCGGCACGGCAUGGCCCUGCUGGCGCUGUCGCACGCGUACCGCGUACGGUGGCUGAAGGGGCGGUGCGAGGCGGGCCUGGCGGCGUGGCUGAGCGCGGCGAGGGCGAUGGACGUGCUGAAACUGGCGAGGCUGUGCGACGCGCCGCGGCUGCACCAGCGGUGUUUGAGGCUGGUGGCCGCGGACUUCGCGGCCGUGCAGGAGUCGGAGGGGUGGCGCUUCGUGCAGAAGCGUGAUCCGGCCCUGGAGCUGGAGGUCCUCCAAUUCGUGCAAGAAACAGCCCAGCGAAGGAAGCGAUGGAAGAGAGAGAGAGUGGAUCAGGCGAUGUACAGGCAACUGAGCGAGGCGAUGAACUGCCUGCAGCACAUCUACACCGAAGGCUGCACCGACGUUUGGCCGCACAACAGCCGCCGCCCCGACAACCCUUGCAUGAGUUUUAGUACGUGCGAGGGGCUGCAGCUCCUCAUCCGCCACUUCGCCACCUGCGGCCGUAAGCUGCAGGCGGCCACCAAGACCUGCACGCACUGCAAGAGGAUGUGGCAGCUCUUCCGCCUCCAUUCCUCCCUCUGUGAUCAGCAUGCCUCCUGUAGAAUCCCUCUCUGCAAGCAGUUCAAGGAGAAGAUGCAGGAGGAGAAGGUAGACAAGACAUGGAGACUUCUGGUGAAGAAGGUUGCUACUGCUAGGGUUAUGUCUUCACUAGCCAGCAGGAAGGUGCCACAAGUAGUGCACAAGUCAUGGAUGAGAUGUAGAGGAACAAGAUAGGGUCAUGUACGAUCUUCUCUUUCUCGGCUUAGAUGAUUCUUUGAUUCCCACCUUGUAUGGAAUUAGCCAAAUUCUACUCUAAGAAUGAUAUUGAUCUGUUGUAUGAGAUUGAUAUCGGUAAGAUCAUGCUCCUUACAGUAGCAGAAAUAGAGAUCCGCAGACAAAACAGAAAUGGCAAAACCAAGAACGAACGGUUUGCUUCGCUAUGGUGCACACUGUGACAUGGCAAACAUCCAGUAGAUGGAUUCGAGCAUCGUGAAAUGAGAGAAAACAAGA